CACACACUGACGAAACUACGCAUGCUGCAUCAAUCAUAUUGACCGAUGACCGAUGAGACAGACAUCGUGCGGCAGUUCGUGGACACCGGAUACGCCCGUUCCGGCAUCUACAACAUCUUGGCACUAUUGGACAACAAUCAGAGCAUUGAAAGAAAGCCCAGUUCCGGACGGCCGACGACCCUGAGCGACAAGAAGUUCCAAAGAAUGCUGAAGAGGAAGACCGAGGGAAAAGUGGCUACAUCGCUGCGAGCGCUUGGCCAUACAUGUUAGGAAGCAGUCCCGUUCACUAGUCUCGGAGCUGCAAGCAAUGACGCAGCGGCAGCGCCUGAAUAAGAUGGUCAAACAGAUUUUCCCGGCAAUUCAUGGUGGUGAUGGACGACGAGACCUGUCUCACUCUGGAUGGCAACGACUGAUCCCCAAGACGGUGCUGCUGUGCUGUGGCAGCGUGAAGGGGAUGUCAAAGCUGCUCUUCUUUUGCUCCGGACUGGCCGAGAACGGGGGAAUUUAUAGUACGAAGUACCUGCCGGAAGUAGCGUCGUUCACCAAAAAAUACCAUAAGGCCGAAGACACGGUUUUUUGGUCGGAUCUGGAGACGGCUCACUAUUCGAGGCGAUCUAUUGAGGAGAUGGAACGGCUAAAUGUCGAUGUGGUUCCCAAGUUGGUGAACCCGCCCAACGUCCCCAAGUUGCGUUUCGUCGAAGAUUUCUGGCAAGCCUGAAGCGUAAGAUCUACUCCAACAAUUUUGUCGCGAAAUUUGAGGAGGAAUUGAUAAAUAAAAUGAAAAGAGAAUUUAAA